CAUGUGAACCGUCGAGUUAAAAGAACGCAUCCAAAAGCUUUGACCACUCCUUGCCUUUCUCAUGGAGCAUUGGAUGACUAACCGGAGUGUUUAACCCCACCAAAAAUCUUACACAUGAGAAAUCUCCAAAUCGACUUAUCUAAUCGCAAAAAAACGCCUACCUAACGAAAACAUAUCCAACCCAUAUUUACUGGUAUAAGUUCGACCGUUGGAGACACCUAUACCGCUGAGAAUGGGGGUUACCAACAAGCGCACAUUAUCCAAAACCCGUCGAAAGACGAGAGAUCUCGACCAAAUCAAAGCCGACUUGCGCUCACCGAAACACUUAGCCCAAUUCAAGGCAACGAAGGCACCAGAAGAUCUACCAGACUUGGGGAAAUGGUAUUGCACAGAGUGCGCCAAGUGGUUCGAGAGCGAAGUAAACCUUGUGGUCCAUAGAAAGGGAAAGCCGCACAAGAGACGGGUGAAGCAACUCCACGAAGAACCGUACACCCAGAAGGAAGCUGACGCAGCGAUUGGCCUGCGUACCGACAAUCAUGGUCCCGACACAUCUGAGCACACAGCAGACGACGAAAUAAUCAUGGCGACAUGAAUAAUCUGAACCACGCCCUACGAACUCUAGAUAGACACUUCUUGUGUCGCCGAAAAACUUAUCGCGAUGCUGUCG